AAGUCUCUCAGAAAUCUCUCUCUCCGUAGCUCCUUUUCCGCCGCCUCUCGACACCCACUUCCCGCCGGCGGGCGCAGCCGCGGUCGCAGCAAAAGGAGCUUCGAAUCCAUCGGGUGGACAAGGGGGAGGCGAUGGGGAACGUGAGCGGGAGGGAUGAGAUCGAGGACGGUGGCGACGAUGACCCCUCCUUCCGAUCGAGGUCCGAUGCCGAUCCCGGCUCCAUCCACGUCAGCCGAAUUCGAUCGGUUGAUUCUGCUGAGGGCUGGCCGCCGGAGAGUCCCGGACGAUCCCGAUCGCCUCUCGUAUUCGCCCCCCAGAUUCCUGUACCUCCCCUUCCAGGAGCUACUGAUGCCCCUCGUUUAUUUAAUCAACAAUGGGUGAAUGAGCCUGAUCAACCUUUGGAUGGUCCCUUUGAAAAGGGAAUCCCAACAUUGAUAACAUGGAACCAUGGAGGAAACGUGGUCUUGGUAGAAGGAUCAUGGGAUAACUGGACCUCAAGGAAGCAUUUACAGAGAUCGGGCAAGGACCAUGCUAUUUUGAUGGUUCUCCCUUCUGGAGUUUACCAAUACAAGUUCAUUGUGGAUGGCCAAUUAAGAUAUACUCCUGAUCUUCCUUUUGCAACCGAUGGAAUGGGGAGUAUCACUAAUAUACUUGAUGUUCAUGAUUAUGUACCUGAAAAUGUGGAGAGCAUUUCUGAGUUUAACUUGCCACCAUCUCCAAACUCCAGCUACAGUUGGUCGUUUCCAACGAAUGAGGAUUUCGCCAAAGUGCCACCAGCUGUGCCACCGCAGCUUCACCUUACCGUACUUGGGAUGCAGAAUACCGAUGAAGCCUCACUGAAGCCUCAGCAUGUGGUUCUCAACCACCUCUUCAUAGAGAAGGGAUCCUCCUCCCAAUCAAUGGUGGCACUUGGCCUGACGCACAGGUUUCAGUCCAAGUAUGUGACUGUUGUCCUCUACAAACCCGUGAACAGGUGACACAUGAUCGCUCCUUUGGCACUACAAAAGCAUGUUGCUGUCGACAUUGGUUCAUGUGCUUUUGGUAAUUGGCUAUCAGUUGCUAGCAUAAGUUCUCUCUGCUCAGGUACUCCCGCUUGUAGCUUUUGCCAAAUGUCUCUUCCUCUCAUCGUGCUUUGAUCAAAAUCGAUCUGCUUGUCUUUGCUCCUCCACAAUUCGUGCCUGCUCCUGAGUUAGAUCUUGUUAAAAAAUAUUAGUCAUUUUUCCUCUUAUUGUAUCCUUUUUUUGCAUUGUCAAGAACAUGACAUCCAUCACUCUUCAUAAAAAAGAUUCAACUACUUCUAGCGUA